CUAUCUAGGCUAUCCGGACUAUGUAGGUGCAUAUUUCCUUUUGGUACGAUAGCUCAGCUUGCUUAUGCUUGGCAUCGCCUGGCCUUGCCUACAUCUAUUACGUGCUAGCUGGGCUUGAUAUAUUCCAUCGUCGUUCCUCCUUGUUCUGCUUAUCCCCCCCUUACUUCAUCAACUGCGUCCCGAGCCUUUACUGACGUUCAACUCUCUGUUCAAGUCGCGUAAUCAUGGUUUCGGAUGAAACGUUCGAAAUCUGUCUCCCUAUCCUGCAGGAUCCCGAUCUCGAUGACGACGACAAAACGGACAAACUCGAGGACCUGCUUAAAAAGGAGACAACCUUAAACGGAUCCAGCUUAGAGAACGCGGUACUCGAUGUGCUAUGGCGAUUUCGCGAAGGAGGGGGUAGUGCGACCUCACCUCCUCCAAUACGUCAAACCAUUCUUCGUCGACCUUCACCAGCCUCGUGGCGGGGUUCCUCGACUCCUUUGUCAGGUUCUCCCCGGCUGGGAGUAAGCCCCUUAGCUCCUCCGGGCUUUGUUCCGACCAACCUAAGCCGUACCAAAUCUUCUACAGUAUCUCCCUUUUCGUCUCCGCGUCCGUCACCCCGGCUCGCGUUCGCUGCUCCAGUAAUACCACACAGUCCAAACUUAAAUGCAUACGAGUUUGCCAACGAUACGAGCCCGUCUCAAGAGAUCUUCGGUGAUCUGCAAAAUGAAAAUGUUGAUUGGUUAGUGAGUGAUGAUGCACUCAGCAUCUCUUCAUCCGUGGGUACAUCUAGUGGCCUCAACGCCGCUGCCCCUGAAUAUGUGUCUGCCCAACAGACGGACAUGACCCCAUAUGAUAUGCUUCGCUCGAUCCUCGGCCAAUCCAAGACCGACGAAGAGAUUGAGAUGGCUCUCUCCAUGCACGGCUACGAUCUGAGCGCUACUAUUGCGUCUAUAAUGGAAUCCCAGACUCAGGAUUCAACAAAUGCUUCUGGACUUACACCCGAAUCUAAAAGUGUCCUCAUCGGAAAGUCCAUGACACCGGAAGGAAGACCUACAACUCCAUCAACCCAACAAAAGGCUGGUAUUAUUUGCAAGUUUUAUUUGUCUACUGGACAAUGUCUCCGCGCAGAUUGUCGAUUCAGCCAUGAUCUCAGUAAUCAUAUUUGCAAAUAUUGGGUUAUGGGCAACUGCCUGGCUGGAGAUACAUGUAUUUUCUCUCAUGAUCCAGCUCACCUUGUAAACCGUCUUAACGUGGAUGGAACCAAUACACCACCACAGAAAAGCCAAAAUCUGCAGGUUCAGGAUUUCAGCUCCUUCCCAGCACUUCGACCAAGCACGCCAGAACUUAAUCCUUAUGCUGCAAGUUUUAAUUAUCCAACCUCUGGGGUAACUCCUCCACCCGGACUAAAGCCACAAGGUUACGCAGGUAGCGAUGGGUCUCGUCCACGUUCGCGGCCUGGAAGUCGACAUCAGACGAAGGAAGGCAUGAGCGCCCCGUCGAUAGAUGACAACGAUGCAUUCCCUUCUCUCGGGUCUGCGUCUUCUAAGCCUAAUAAGAAACACCAUGGCAAGCGUGGUGGGCACGGCCAUGGCCACAAGGAGAACUUCACUCCCAGCUCUCUAGCUGACAUUGUGAAAAUGUCACCGUCUCCCGGUCCUGGAUCUGGGCCUAGUCGACAAGAAUCAAAGAAGAUUGGCCGUAAUGGAAGUGCCACAAACAUCAAGAACGGAGAGAACAGUGCCACUGCUCAGGCUAUUCCCAUGCCUAAACACAUUCCAUGGCUAGAGACAGGAGAUAGAGCCAACAAAGCCUAUCUCAAGGCUCGUCAGGAGGCUAUCAAGCAUGGUGGUCUCCGAAACAAGUUCUUACAAAGUGCUGCCCAGGCAUGGAACCGCAACGAUGCACGAGCGGCAAAGGCUCUUAGUCUUCGUGGCCAAAGCGAGAACGACCUGAUGCGAAAAGCUCAUCGCGAGGCUGCGCGGGAAUUGUAUGAGGAACGCAACAAGCCUAACAUGCCUGGUUCAGAAGUUUUCGUGGAUCUCCAUGGCCUACAUCCAGAUGAAGCUGUCGAAUAUCUGGAGAGGGUUCUCUUGGACAACAGUAAAGAAAGCAAGCCCGUGUAUGCUAUCACUGGAACCGGUCACCACAGUAAGAAUGGGAAGGAUAAGGUGGGCAAGGCAAUCAGAAACUUUCUGAACGAGUGGAGAUAUGCCUACCGUGAGUUCUCAGUUCCCGGAGAUCGCAACAACAUGGGAGGUAUUCUCGGGAUCGAUGCUCGAAGCUGGGACAAGUCCCUGACUAGGGAUGGAUCUAAAGAAAAGGAGGAGCCUAAGGAAGAUGUCGAUAUCCUGAGCCAGGGCGUUGAGAUUGGCGAUGGAAAAGUUAGGCUUCUCGUUCGAGAUCCUCCUAAGGGACCAAGUGGUAGCAGAGGCCGGUGACUAGGAGCAGAUAACGCGACUAAUAAAGAAAGCUGAAAUAUUCUCUUAAGACGGUCUUGACGCCAAUCCUUGCCAAAGUAGGUAGAUAUGUAUUCGACGUACUAUGUCAUGUGAAUUAAGCCUGACGUAGUAGAAGGAGCUCUACUUAAGGGGCUAAGCGGGCCGAUGCGGGCCGGUUGAACGGUCUCGACCUUUCGACCUCUCUCGGAGUUAACCGAGCAAGAUGAGAUACGUGGUACCUAGUGUAGCAUUGAAGAUACAUCAUGCAAGGUUUCUACAUGUAGGUAUUUUAUGGGUACAUGCCUCGUAUUUCUAUUACUAAGUCGCGACGUCUCAGACGCUAGUUAGAGAAACUUGAGAAAUUCAAGAGU